UGAAAAGUUGGGAAAUGAGAAGUAAUUAAUAAAAAAUAAAAUCUUGGAAUUAUGUUCAUAAUAAUUAAGAGUUUUAUAUGAAUAAAUGUGAUAAGACAAGUAAGCAGAAAUUUGAUGUAGAAGUUGAUGAGACCCUCUCCCUUUGCGUUUACCCCAAUAUUGCCUUUGACUGAAGGCUUAGUUAAGACUUUAACUGGUAACUGGUAACCAAAGCUUUAUGUGUGUUGGAGUUGAGUUCUUUGUUUUAAAACAAAAAAACGUGUUCAACCAUGGCUUGUGAUAGCCAUAUUCCCAAGGUUCAAACAAUGUUUUCUCCUUCUGCUCCCCAUUUUUCCAAGAUUAUUCUUGGCCAAAUUCCUGGGAAUACCAAGCUACAAAUUCCAAAGACAUUUUGGGUGAAAUAUUGUGAGUCCUUAUCGAGUCAAGCAUUUCUUAAGCUUCCAUGUGGAUCAACAUGGGAGGUUGGGUUCACAAAAAGUAGUGAUGGAAAUGUAUGGAUAGACAAGGGCUGGAAAGCCUUUGUACAACAUUAUUCUUUAAGCCGUGGAAACCUCUUAGUGUUUCGGUAUGAAGGGAACUCUCUGUUCAAUGUAAUCAUAUUCAACAAAACCAUGGUUGAGAUAGAUUAUCCUUUUGAUCCUAACCAUAAUGUUGAUACUAAAGAUGAUAUUUCUGUUGAAGUAUGGGGCAAGUCUCCAUUACCAUGUUCUCAGCCCCACAAGAGAACGAAAACAAGUGCAUAUGGUAAAUCUGAAGAAGAUAACAGAGCCUGCGGAGAAUUUCCUGUACCUGAAAAAUUUAUAAGAAAUCAGAAGUUAAGUAGGAAAGAAAAGGCUGAAGCUUUCAAGAGAGCAAAAGAUUUUGAAUCUGAAGACCCUUUUUUCAUAGUUCCCAUGCACCCAUCAUAUAUUGGAUCCAAAUCCAGUUAUAAUAUGGUUAUACCAUCUUUCUUUGCAAAAGAGUACCUCUUCAGGAUUAGUAGUAGUUCUCAAGAUAUGAUCCUUAAGGUUCAGGAUGGGAGAACUUGGUCUGUUAAAUACUAUAUUAGACCGGAUAGAGUAACUUCGAAAACCAGGAUCGAACGUGGUUGGAAGGCGUUUGUUCAAGACAAUGACUUGAAAGUAGGUGAUGUUUGUGCCUUUGUUUUGAGAAAGAGCAUUGGAAUAGUAUUAUUUGAAGUUGUUAUUUUUCAUGAAAAUGGUGUAGCAAAUUCCCCUAUGUUACCAAUACCAGCUGCAUAUAUGAGAAGUUCAACUACACCAUCCAAGCCAAAGAUAACCCCUUGUGUGAAAAUUGAACCUUCUUUUACCAACAAUAAUAAUGAUAAAGAAAGUAUGGUUUCGCAUGACUUAAUUGCAAAGAAAGAAAUAGUUGAACCUUCAGACAAGUUCAUGAAGGUGAAAUCUGAAGCAAAUACUGAUGACAAUCAAGGCACUAAUAAUAAGAGGCCUUCAUCUUCUGGACUGAGUAGAGCUUCUGAAGCAGCCAGCAAAUUCAUCUCAAACAAUCCUUACUUCCAAGUGAAUUUGAGAUCAUCUCAUGUGUAUGGAGGAAGACUGUAUAUUCCAAUGGCUUUUGGAAACCUUUAUUUUGAGAAAAAGGCACAAACUGUAACUCUUUGGGUUGGUGAGAAAAAUUGGCAUGUGAACUUAACUGUUAAUAAGAGAUCAGUUGGAUUAGAGUAUAGGUUUUCUAGUGGAUGGACUGCAUUUGCAAGAGGGAAUUGUCUUCAGCCAAGUGAUGUGUGCAUAUUUGAGCUGAUACAGAGGAAUCAACCUCAGAUGAAAGUUACCAUAUUUAGACAAAAUGGUUGGCCUCUGUAAUAAACUGUUGUAAUAAUUUUCUACUUAUUUAAUUAGUUUAGCUACAAUUUGCCCCAGCUAAGGGGUUGUUUCUUUAGGUUGCUUUAAGUGACCCUUAUUAAUAUCAGGACUAAAAUGGUUGCUUUUGUA